GGCUUUAGUCAUCUCAAGAAACAGGAGCUAAUUCGAAGGAUGGCAGACUACGAGUCAUCGGACAACGGCAGCAAGGGAGUCAAGGCAUCGGCGGCUGUAGCCCAAGGAGGAAAAGCGACGCGAAUAAGGUUCCUGGGGAGGGGAGGGAAAGAGAAACAGCAGCAGCGCGUUCGAAUGAAAGGUCCGCUGCGCUCGAGAGCCCAGGAACGUUUCGACGCCGGUCCUUCUCCCCAAGAUACGCCGGGCUUCCUCUACAUUUACUGCGAGUCCGGCGGCGGCGGCGGUGGCGGAGGCGAUAAGACAAGAGAGUGGAAAAUCGGCAAGACCACUCUAGACCCGCCAGAGAGACGCAUGAAGCAGUCCGCUCACAACAACAGGAAGACUUACACGCUCCGGGCGUCCUGGCACGUUCCGUGGUGCGGGUACGUCGAGAAGAUCGUGCACCUCGAUCUCGACGACCUGAAGGUGGUCCCGGGCAAGGAGAAGAGCUGGGACGGUGGCGGCAGAGAGGACGGGGGGACGGAGUGGUUUCGGGCCGAUAUUGAAGUCGUCGAGGCCAGGGUGAAGCUCGCGAUCCGGAUGGUUGCCGCCCGCGAGGCAGACGAGGCGGACUUGUUGGGAGUGCAACCGGCGUUCUGUGGCAUGUUCCGGUGCGGCCUUCCCAUCCGGAGGCGGCGGCGACACGAGCCCAAACUUGGCACGAGCUGAUUUCGAGUUGCACAUAUGCUUGUUUUCGUUUGAGGGGCUGAUCUGAAGUUAAGAAAAAAAGAAAAAAGAAAAAAAUGGAACGUAUCGACAGCGACGCGUC